AUGUCUUUCUUCAGCGAUAUCAAGACUGGCGCUCUAACAAGCGCAUCUCUAGAUGAGUAUCUUGUAACUCAUAAUAUCGACGACCCAAGCAUGGACAAUGACAAUGGCACCUUUGGCCUGACACCUCUUGCCCUAGCUGUGCGCAACGGACAUGCCGAAGCAGUCCGGCUUCUUCUCGACAAAGGCGCCAAGGUAGAUGCACUCUCGUCCGGGUACCGUACUCCUUUAUGGAUCGUGACUUCUCGCGGCAAAGGCGAUAAUCGAGCCGAAAUAGUGGAUCUCCUAUUGAGGCGUGGAGCGAAUUCAAAAUAUUCGAACCCUGACCUCCAAUGUGGAUCAACACCACUCGAGAAUGAGCUAAAGCAGCGAAAAGACCCCGAGGUGAUUCAACUCCUAGUCAAGAGCGACGGCAAGACGGACGCGGCCGAGAAAUUGGCUAGCAAGCUGGACCAACAAGAGAUUGACGAGGCCAUGGACCCAGCCGGACAGAUGGGCAAGCUUGGCGGGACCUUCGUUAAUAUCAUCAUAACAGUUAUCAUGUUCAUUCUUGCUUGGGCGAACACCGCUCUCGCGGGGAUUGCCAACCAAGUCUUCGAGAGGUUUCAGAUAAGCGGCAGAAAGAAUGCUCGGCUGGCUCAACAGGUCUUUGCAGGACGGCCAGAACCAAAGACCAAGGAAGAGUUCCAGGAGAGUAUCAAUAGCUUCGUGGAAAAGAACAAGCUAGGCAAGUUCUUCAGGGAUGAUAGUAGCAAGUCGCUGUUCGAUAAAAUCACCACCAAAGCCUUCGAUCUGCAAAACAGUGACGGCUCCAUCCUGGGUCAACCCGAAAAUGCCGAAAGUCUAGUCAAGUUUGCGCUUUACCAGCCUGUCAUUUAUUGUGGUAACCUCUCCAAGCUUUGUGUGCGCAAGCGCUUUCAGGUAGAGCUAACGUGGCGUGCAGAUGAUAGUGGCUCGAUGCACCCGAAGAAGAAUCGCCAGGGAGAGGACCGCAUGGCAGACCAGCAGGAGCUAGUGAAUCGCAUUUCCUCUAUUUGUACCACCAUAGUACCUGAUGAUCUCGGUGUUCACCUGCGGUUCAUCAACAGUGAGCCAGCUAAUGCCGAUGACCUCGGGAUGUCGGAUAUCAAGAAUAUCCUGGCGCAAGUACAACCAUCAGGAUACACGGAAAUUGGGAUUCAUCUCCGCGAGCGUAUCCUGGAACCAUUCUUGUAUAGUCAAUACAACGACACUGUGAAAGCGAUGAAGAGACCCUUAUUUAUCUCCAUCAUCACCGACGGAAUUCCAUCCGGGCCAAAUGGAACGCUAGAGAGAGAAGACACGCUCAGAAACGAGAUAAAGGACUGCCAAGAGUACUUGAGGGAGAAUGGCCUCCCACUGCGAUCCGUGGUCUUCCAGAUCAGCCAGAUAGGUAGCGACCCAAAGUCCAAAAGCUUCUUGCAGAACCUCAAAAAUCAAAACCUUGAGAAUGUGUACAUCACCGCAAAAUCACUGGACUCGAAGUUCCGCGAGCUCAGAGACAACGAGAAAGAUCUCGAAGCCUGGCUCUUCGAAACUCUUCUGGAGCCUAUCCUAGACACAAAGUCAGACUCCUAG